GCUUUCUUCGUCAUUUCCUAACUCGUAGCAAUCAUAAUCAGAUAUGACAAUACUCGACUAUAGAAUAUUCCGAAAAUUCUCCGCAACAAGAAACGCACUCUAUCACUACGUGUCAAUUAUAUGUAUACAUACACAUGUACACAGCCUGCAAUCCAUUUCCAUGUCUCUUACUCACAAACAAUUCCAAACCAGAUUCUCCGCUCUUUUUCUCACAAACUGCUUCAACAAUUCCCGACGAGAGGGAAUAAUCACAAUCACAAUCAAACGAGCAUAAUUCAAUCCGGAAAUUAAAUAUCAAAGGUCAACUGCGACGAAAUAAUUAUGAAAUUCGGGAAAGAAUUCAGGAUUCAUUUGGAAGAAACCCUACCUGAGUGGAGGGACAAGUAUUUGCAGUACAAGCCCCUGAAGAAGCUUCUCAAGAAUAUUCCGGCUGCCAAUCCGCUGCCGUACGGCCCCUUGCCGGAGCUUCACGAGUGGUUUGUCGGAAUUCUCAACGAGGAGCUCGAAAAGUUCAACGAUUUCUACGUCGAUAAAGAGGAAGACUUCAUCAUCCGCUUCCAGGCAUUAAAGGAAAGAAUAGAGAGAUUGAAGGCAAGAGGAAGCACGAAUUUGGUGUUUACAUCCGAGACUGAAUUUAGCGAAGAGAUGAUGGAGAUAAGGAAGGAUUUCGUCUCCAUCCAUGGGGAGAUGGUCCUCCUAAAAAACUACAGCUCUCUUAACUUUGCAGGUCUUAUCAAGAUUUUGAAGAAAUAUGAUAGACGAACUGGGGAAUUGUUGAGUCUACCUUUUACUCAGCUUGCUGUCCACCAGCCUUUCUUUAUGACUGAACCAGUCACGGGAUUAGUUCGUGAGUGUGAAGCAAAUCUGGAGGUCCUCUUUCCACUGGAAGCAGAGGUUGUCGAGUCAAUGUCCGUUGAACAGAAGCAGACACAUGCUGAUCUACCAAAUGCUUCUUCGGAAGCAAAAGUGCCGCUCGGUGAAGAAACUGUAGAUAUAUAUAGGAGUACCCUUGCUGCAAUUAAAGCUAUACAAUGCCUUAAGAAGGCAAGCUCCACCUAUAAUCCUCUGUCACUAUCGUAUAUCUUCGGAAACCAAGAUAACGACGUCACAGGGGCAGUAACAGCAGAAAACUCGCCUCGUGAUUCUUUUGUAACCCUGCCUAAUGAAGAGGAGGCAACUGAAGAUGUUCAUUCCCCCGUGUAAAAAACCUUUCUACUUUACUGUUUGCUCUCCUUUUCUCCAGUGUGGUGUGUGGUGUGUGAUGUUUGCUCUUGUGGCAAAACCUUUCUACUUUACUGUUUGCUUUCUUUUCCUCCAGAGUGUGCUGUGUGAUGUUUGCUCUUGUCGCAGCGGAGUAUAAUAACAAUGUACUUAUGUACUUGCUUAAUAAGCUGCCAACUAACGACGAAAUUUGGAUUGCA